AUGAAACUUCCCCGUCUAUUUUUCUUAAGAACCUUUUCUCCUUUACUCGCCAUUUUCCAACCACUGUCUCUUUCUAUCUAUAUUUCUCUCCCAAAGUUUUAUUUUAUCCUUUCUUCCCUCAAUAUCUUCAUCCCGUCAUUCCUUCAAUACCUACCUACUACCUUCCUUCAUUCCUUUCUUCAAUACCUACCUACCUACCUUAGUUCCUUCUAUCAUCCCUUCCGUCAAUACCUACCUAUCUACCUACAUACCUUCCUUCCUAACUUACUUCAAUACCAACCUAUCUUCCUUCCUUCAAUACCUACCUACCUAUUUGCCUACCUACCUACCUACUUACCUACCUUCAUUCUUUCCUUCAAUACCUACCUACCUUCCUUCCUUCCUUCCUUCCUUCAUUCCGUCCUUCAAUACCUACCUACCUACCUACCUACCUUCAUUACGUCCUUCAAUACCUACCUAUUACUGCAAAUUAUUUCUUCUUCAUUCCAUCUACCUACCUUCCUGCCUUCGUUCAAUACCUAUCUAUCUAUCUACCUACCUUCAAUACCGAUCUUCCUUCCUUCUUCAAUACCAACUUAUCUUCCUUCCGUCCAUCCCUCCUCCCUUCAAUACCUACCUACCUAUCUACCUAUUUUCCUUCCUUCAUUCCGCCCUUCAAAACCUACCUUCUUUCUUUCCUUCCUUCAAUACCUACCUACCUUCCUUCCUUUCUUCAAUACCAACCUACCUUCCUUUCUUCAAUACCUACAUACCAUCCUUCCUCAUUUCGUCCUUCAAUACCUAUCUAUCUACCUACCUACAUUUUUCCUUCAAGACCUACCUACCUUCCUUCGUUCAAUAUCUAUCUACCUAUAUAUCUUCAAUACCGACCUACUGAUCUUCUUUCCUUCUUCAAUACCAACAUCUUCCUUCCAUCUACCCUUACUUUCCUUUCUUCAAUACCCACCUACCUUCUUUCCUUCAAUACGUACAUACGUACGUACCUAUCUAUCUAGCUACCUUCCUUCCUUCUUUCCUUCCUCAUUCCGUCCUUCAAUACCUAUCUUUUUUCCUUCAAGACCUACCUACCUACCUAAAUACCUAACUACGUACCUACCUUCCUUCCUUCGUUCAAUACCUAUCUACAUACCUACCUACUUUCCUUCCUCAUUCCGUCCUUCAAUACCUAUCCAUCUACCUACCUACCUUCUUUCCUACAAGACCUACCUUCCUUCCUACCUACCUACCUACCUACCUACCUUCCUUCCUUCCUUCCUUCCUUCGUUCAAUACCUAUCUCUCUACCUACCUAUCUACAAUACCUUCCUAA